AUGGCGAUAGAGAGCGGGGACACAGCGCCGGGCGUCCGCACCGUAUCAUCUUGCCGAUUGUCGUGCUCCGCGUCCAUGUCUGGACAGAAAAAAAAUGUACCCCGCCCGUCCUCUCGAUCCGUCCCCUCCCGCUGCGGCCUCUCUCUUUCCCUCGUCUCCCGCUCCACCGCCGCCGCCCCAUCUCCUGCUCCUCCGCCGCCGCCCCAUCUCCUGCUCCUCCGCCGCCGCCCCAUCUCCUGCUCCGCCGCCGAGAGGAGUUGCCCUUCGCCGCCGCCGAGAUCCCGUGCCUCUCUACAGAUCCCUCCCUCUCUCCUCUUCGUCCAUCCACCUAAUCAAAAAUCGAAACCCGCCGCCCCUCUGUCUCCGCUGGUGCUCGAAGGAAGACAAGGGCUCCUCCUCCCGGCGAUUCCCUGUGGUCCUCGGCGGCGGAGACAGCUAGGGCAGAACAUCCGGAAGCUGGUAAAGGAUGGUUUAACCAUCAAGAAGCCUCAGAAGAUCCACUACAGGUUUCAUGCAAGGAGGGCACAUGAGGCCAAGCAGAAGGGCCAUCACUCUGGAUAUGGUAAGCAUAUGGGUACUAGGGAGGCUAGGCUCCCCACCAAGAUCCUGUCGAUGAAGAGAAUACGCAUCCUGAGGCCUCUUCCGCGCAAGUACCGUGAGGCCAAGAAGAUUGACACGCACAUGUACCGUGACAUGUACCUGAAAGUCAAGGUAACAUGUUCAAUCACAGGAGGUGUUUGCAUGUAAAGUAUCUACAAGUCCAAGGCUGAGAAGAAAAGAGAGAAGACCCUCUCUGACCAGUUUGAGGCCAUGUGCGCUAAUACCAAGGUAAUUUGGAGAGGAAGAUUGCGAGGAAGGAGGAGAGAUUGGCUCAGCCCCAUCUACAUGGAUGUGCAGACCUAGGAGUUGGAACAAUUCACCAAGAGAAGCCACCAGUUCGUGUAUAACAGAAUAGGUGGAAUUUAUUGUGAGAUCUUACCCAAAUCCGAGUACUUCUCCAAGGCACUGUAGAUAUUCCAUCAUGCCCAAAAUGAUCUCACCAAGGAGCGGUUCACUGCAGCAAUGUAGGUACAAUUCAAGCUAAUUUGCUGACAAUCUUGCUCACAGCCAAGAAAAUUUUAGUUCUGAUUCUUUGAAAAAAAUCAAGUUCUUGGCACAAUUAAUAUUGCAUGAUCUGUGUUGGCUACAAUUUAUUCAUGCUUGCUUUGAAUUCUUGGUUCAUGGGAAUAAUUUAUAAUUUUAUCUCUGUACUACACAUGUAAUAUAACUUGUACAAGGAGAAGAAGCUUGUCAAGUUUUACCUCUAUA